CACAGUUUGACAAACUAAAUGGUUUUGAAAAGAAGUUACAGUUUUUUAUGAAUUUUAUUAAUUUCAUUUCUAAUUUUGAUUUAUCUGAUGCACUCUAAUAAAUUCAAGAACAAUACAUUCGCACCAGAAAAAAAUAAACAUGUAAAAUUCAAUGAUUUCACGUCAAAUCCCAUCGGCCAGAAGAACUUUAUUAGUGGGCUGCAGAAUGCUCGCAGAUUACUAGAAGGAUUGGAGCGAAGCUUUGCGAAGACUGUACAAUAUGAAGCGCGUCUUCUGCGAUGCCAGGCGACUCAUGCACAUUCCCACGACGAUCGCUGGUCAAGCGAUAAUAUGUCUUACGAGAAAGACUAUAGAACUAACAAUACAGAAUCCACCAAGACGUCCAGAGGUCAAGUUGACUUGGCCGAGUCAUGGUCAACAAUGAGCAUCGUAUGCCUCCAGUACCAAUACGAAGAGCUGUCUAAGCGCUACGAAGCUUUGCUGCGAGCUUACGACGAGCGCUGCAGCGUGGUGAGCGAGAGGGACGCUGCUCUCACUCGCUCUCGCGUUCGCGCGCGGAACACUCACGCGCAGCUGGUGCACGCGCACAAGACGCUCCUGGCCGUCGGCGAGAAAUAUUUGGCCCUCUGGCAGAAGAAGCACUUGCAGAAGAAAAAGUUCGAGAAAUAUACGGAGCGAUUAAAGGCGACUGUUCGCGGUAUGAUUGCUAUGUGUGAGCACGCGCGCCUCGAGCUAGACACUCGCAUCUCUCGCUUCAUGGAGAAAGAACAGGACGCACCUAAGGCUCAACUCCUAGCCGAGAUAAGAAAAUGCAAUCUUCUCUACUUGGAAAAUCUUCGUCUAAAGAGCCAGCUAGAAUCGCUUAAACCAGGACUAGUAUUUAUGAGAAAAACUUAGUUGAAAUAAUAUUUACGGUAUUUAAAUAUUUUAAGAAGUUUGUAAGAUUUUUUAUGGUAAGGUUGUUAAUAAAACUAAUUUGUAGAUAAAUUAUAUUUCAUUUAUUAUUUUAUUAAGAAGGUUAAUAUUGUCUUACGCCACAGAUAAAAAAAAUCAUUUGUAUUUUAAAUUAAUUGUAGGUAAAUAGGUACUUGUACUUUGUGAAAUUGGCAGUCUCAUUAACUAUCUCCAUAAUCUGCAAACAAAUACAUUAAAAAAAGUAUUUUAGAAUAUUUCUCUUGAAAAAAAUAUGUUACGAAAAUUUAAUAUAAGUAACUGAAAAAUCAUUAAAUAACUUGAAAUUUUGUUGAAGCCGAAAAUUUAAAUAUGUGGUAGGAAUAAUUUCUUGUUUGCUUUUACAAUUAUAAUUAUUAUUUGUGCAUAUCUACCUAGAUAAAACUUAGGAAUAUCUAGUUAUAAAUCUAGAUAGGUAUUUCCAGUUUUAAACGAAAAAAAUCAAUCACCUUUGUACUGAGAUGUUAUUGCAAUGCCAGUUCCAAUCAAACGUUUGUCCUUCACUUUUGCGCAUAUUGCUUAUGCAGUUUUUUUAUCUCAGCCACCAUACCGUCCAGGAUAUAAGAAAGAUGGUCUGGGUUGGAUAUCAAGGCUUUGUCAACGGAGGCUGCGAAGCGAAGCACUCCGCCGUAACAUAGAGCUGUUACGUCUAAACCUAGAACAAAUAAUUUCUUUAUUAUAUUUUCAUAUUUUAUCUGUAUUGAGACCAUAGACUACAGAAAGAGGUCAGAAGGGCAUUGUGGGCAGUGCAGUUGAACCACACAGUAAUGCGUGAGCAAAUACUCAUAACUUGACCAAAACUUGGUUAUGAUUGCAUGUUGCUCUCCGGCAAGCGCUCAUUGGUUCGAUUGUUUGAUGUCGCGUCGAUUGAUUGGCUAUUAUCGUUUAGUUGGAAAUGUAGUGGGGGGAGCCGGCGACAUCGGCUCCCGUGCAAACGGUUUAUGAACUUAAUCACAGGACACAGAAAGAGGUUAGAAGGCUCUAACCUCUUUCUGUGUCCUGUGAUUCAGUAUCUACAUUACAUGCAUGGAAUCGAUAUUUUAUUUUAUUUACUUUAUUGCCAAAUCGGCGGACUUAAUGCCAUAGGCAUUCUCUACCAGUAAACCAGUAUGAGUGAGUGAGAUAUUCACAGAAAGAAUCCGUGAACGGCUAAUCGAAUCAUCUUUAGUACCUAUAAUUACAUUUCUACUCAAAUUGCAGCGCUCAUCUAGGGUAGUAGCAACCUCCACCUCACAGAAGACAGCAUUGAAAUAAAAAAACACUAUUUCAUAUUACGGUGGGCUGUUUUCCGCAACUCGACACUCUGAUCCUAUUUUGCUUGAGUAAUGGCCAGCCAUCCCAGCUACUCCAAGAAGCCCAGCAGUCCACUGAUGUUACUGCAGGUUUCUACUGUCCGUGGAUUUCCCAUAUGUGAAAAGCAUUGUUUUGCAAUGACUAGAAAAACUUUUUGGUGGUGUUAUGUUUGCAUUGGGGAAUGAGUAAUAAUAAUAAUAAUUUAUUCAUAAAUGUUUUGGUUUACAAUAGUUAGUGGCAGGAGUCCCCUUUUAAGCAAAUCAAUGCUUGUGCAUCAAAGGUUCUAGUGCUUAGUUCUUGGCAGUAUCUUAGACCAAUCAGUGCCUAAUCAAAUAAAACAUCGUUUAGUUGUGACUAUGAAAGUGAUAUUUAUAUAUUUUUUAAGCUUCAUCUUUGAUUCUUUACCAAUACCUUAGAGGAUAAACGGAUAAAUAUAAUUAAAUAUCGGCCUUAUUGUGUCUCAUUUUAAUGCUAAUUGAAUCGUCAAGGGAAUUAUUACGUCGUGUAAAUUAUUAAUACAGUUAAAAAUCUCAUAAAACAAUAACUGAACAGCCCAUAAACAAAAUAAAAAAAGUUUGUUUAUACAUUGAUUCGACCAGGAAUGAGUAUUUAUAUGAAGUCAGGAAAAAAUAUUGAGUCACCUCGUAUGUAAUAUACUUAUAUGAUAAUAUCGUAUCAAAUUACAGCUUAGGUUGUCUUUGAAGUCGUCACAGUGGAGAACCCGAGUAAGUUUGUGGUUUAGAACCUUUGUUUGACGUCAUUAACCACAUGCGGGCGGGAAGAAGGUGUUACGUUAUACCAAAGACAUAUUAAAUUGCAAAGACUAGCAGGAAUCUUAACAAAUUGUCCCUUGCAAAAAUAUGCAAAUUAACAGUAGAUAGCUCAAUAAAUAUAAAUAAAGUUCUUGAUAGAACUGGUAGUGUCUGUGCGGAAAGAGAAUGGGAUUUAGAUUGGAGGGGGCUGUAGUGCUUUUCUACCGUAUUUGUAAGGGUUUACCCCUUUUAGACAUGUUUAUACAAAAAACCGCAAGAAAUCACAACAAUAAACAAAUUCGUAUCAAUACAAAACUUUGACGUUUUACAGAUUGCUGGGUUUGAUUGCCAAAUAAAAAUCUUAAUGUUAAUUCCGUUUUUCGCUACGCCUAUUCUCUUCCCGCACAGACUCUAUUAACUUAGUAGCACUUUAACCAGCAUUCACAGUAAAAAAAGCGUAAAAAACGAAAAAAUGUUAAUCACAGAAUUCUUUAAAUCAGUGAUUCCCAAAGUGGGCUAUAUCGACGUCAGCGAAAAAAAAUUUGGGGGUCCAUGAAAUGAAAAUGAGGGUCCACGAUAGUGGAUCUCAACACAUACACUGAUAGUACCUAUUUACUUACAUCAUACUAUCUUAUAAUAUCAAAACAUAUACAUUAUUUAUAAAAGUACCUUUGAAGUAUAAAAAUUAUUAUGUUUAUAAAAUUGUGUAAGUUAUAGGAUGUUGGUAUUCGCUUUGUGGUCGCAAUACAUUUUGAACUUGUAAAAACCUGAGAGUCGCAGUCUCAGAGCUUCCCUACCUUCCACUGACUUGUUCAAUUCGUCACUCUAUAAAUACGAAUGUGGGACAAAUACGUUUAUUCGUUUCCUGAAUCUUGAAAAGGAAAGUGCUAAGAAAAUAUUUUAAAAAAUAUAAACAGUAUAUCACACAAAUUAUAAUGAGUCAGUGUUAUUUUGUUUGAGAGUGCUGGAGAAAAGUAAGUACAUUAUUUUUUAUUAAAUUUUAGUUUUGUACUCGUAGUUAGCAAAGAUAGAUAAAUUCCGCCAAUCAUGACUUUAGUUAUUAGUAUUUUAAUAUUCAAUCAUGCAAAAUUACACGAGUACAGUACUCCUCAAUAGUUUCAUUUUGAAAGUUUAAGCAAUCGGUAUUUUAAUUACAGUGCAAUUUCCGUAAUUCGAGCUAAUUGUUGCAAGAAGAUGUUCGAAUUAUGGAAUGUUUUCGGAAAAAUCAAAAAAUAUUUUUAAUAUACAGUUGCUGGAUUUUCUGUCUUAUUUAAAUAAUUUAAUUUUGCCCACAGAUGACUGAUGCCAUGUCCGAAUCUAAAAAGAAAUGUAGACAGUACAGUGUUGAUUAUUUGGAAUUUGGCUUCAUUCCAUCAUUGCCGGACAAAAAAUUGCCUAUGUGCCUUUUAUGCAACAAAGUUUUGGGCAAUGACGCUAUGAAACCAUCUAAACUGCAAGAUCAUCUGAGAAGAUGCCACCUUAGGGUGGCAAACAGAGAAAGAUUUGAAAUACUUUCAAACACUCAAAGAUAAACUUCAGAAGAGACCUACACUGGACAGAAUGUUCGCUUUGACGUCACAAAGAAAUGAUGAUGGUUAAGGGCGUCUUACAAUAUCUCGUUACUUAUAGCAAAAUCCGGAAAACCGCAUACUAUCGGAGAGAACUGUUUUACACAAACCUGCAUCUGAUAUCAUUAAAAGAAUUCCCUUAAGCAACAAUACUGUUGAAAGACGUAUUGAUGAAGUUAGUUCUGAAAUUGAAAGCUUCUUGUGUAAUUAUUUGCAAACGACCCAUUUCUAUAUACAAUUGGACGAGUCAACCCUUUCAAAAUUGACGCCAAAUGUUGAUAAUUUAUUAUUAAAGAAUCAGGUUCAUCCUUCUCACUAAAAUAUUGACUUAUUGUUUAUGUUAUUUUAUUUAUAGUUUAUUUUAUGUUUAUUUAAUGCUACGUAUAUUUUAUAUAACAGAUACAAAAUUUUAUUUUGAGUAGUUUUAAUUUAAAUUCAAUUAAUAAAUGUAUAAAUUAACAUGUGUUUUUGCUUUAAGUUUUUAACACUAAACUUCACCAUAGUGAGAAAUUUACUGGAAAUUAAUAUCAGGUAAGUCUGCCCAACAUGGAAAAACAUGGCAAGGGGUCUACGACACAAAAAAGUUUGGGGAACUCUGCCUUAAAUGUAAAAUGAAAGGUAAAUUUUUAUAGUUCACGUAGGAAACCUGGACAAAAAAAGCUUAAAAUUUUUGGACGCUUUUUUGUUCAAUGUCCUUUUUUUAUUAAUAUAAUCACAUGUUCUAAACAUUCGUAUGCAGUUAACUCACCAGUGUUGCCUUUGUGUGGCACGAAGAAUACUAAUUUCUGGAGUGCAUUGCCCCCGCAAAUGUUGAGCUUGGAAGGGCCAGGAAUGUUACUGAACACCAUCGUGGCUUGGCUGCUGUUCAGGAUGGGUUGUAAGAACUGCUUGGGGAAAACACUGACUAGCUUGAUGAAGUAGUGGUUGGACUGAAAAUUAAAUAUCAAAUUGAAAGUGAAUCAAAAAUAAAUCCAAUAAAAAUAAAAUAAUGGGCACUUAUUUUUUCUUUUGUCAAAUAACCAAAACAUUACAAAGGAUAAAGCACGUAAAAGUUUAGGAGUGGGGUGGCUCGUGAUGUCACUUCUGAGUAAAAAUUGUACCAAGACAUGAUUUCAUGAGACUUUUCAAAUCAAUAUAUCUCUGCAAUGUUUUGAUUAUGUGAAAAACAAAAAAAAAAUCGACGAAGAAAAAAAAGAUAAGUAUCAUCCAUAUUAUAGUUAUAUCCACAAAAAUAAAUAUAGAAUUAUCCUAAAUGCCCAAUGCUUACAUUUAAAUCCAUCGAAAUUAUAACUCUACAGUAGUAUUUUAUAUAUUGCUGAAAAAAUCUUGAUAUUUACGCGGAAUGAACAUUUUAUCGGUCCUUCAACUGGAGGUGAUCAUUCUGUUGGCGUUUUCUACUCAAAGCUUUAGAGUUCAGAAUUCGCAACGGCGAAGUUUUGAAUUCUAAUAUGUUUGACUUUAAAAACUGUGUAGUACUCAGCUUUAUUAUCAACUAGCAGCCGCCCGCGACUUACCCCGAAUCAACUUUAGUUUUUUGAAAAUCCCACAGGAACCUGAUAUUUUUUCGGUAUAAAAAGUAUCCUAUGUCUCAAUCCAGGGCAUAAACUAUAUGCGUGCAAAAUUUCAUCCAAUUCCGUUCAGUGGUUUUUGUGUGAUUGAGUAACAGACAUACAAACAUACAAACUUUCACAAUAUAAUAUUAUAUAGUAGGAGGUACAAAAAAAUAGGAAUAGGAUAUUUUUAUUUACUUAAUUUCUUUUGUCACUGUAAUACGUCAUAAUAGUUUGAAAUCUUAAUAAUAAACUAUUCAGAAUAGGAAAUCUAUUUCUACUAACACACUUACCAAAGGAUCAGCACUAACACGCAGUUCGUCGCAUCGUCGCUUAAUUUCAUUGAAGGUCCUCUUCUCUUUCACUGGUAAUUCUAAAAUUGUUACGCUAAAAUCGUUUUUUAAAAGCUGAUGACCAUCGUUGAUACAUGAAGGUUUGGGAAAUCUUAUUGGUAUUACGACUCCUAAGUCGUCAGGAACAUGGCCCAUGGUCUAAAAUUUGUUUAUUUAGAUUAAACUACAUAAACGUUAUUUUCUAAAAACUACUGUAUUGUACAAUUUACCUUCGUAUAAAAGUCAUGCAUGCCUCCAGACAGAGCAGUGACUAAUACAUCUGAAAAUGUUGCAUUGGCGACAUUUUCUUUAAUAUCUUUCACCAUCAAAAGCAAAUUCUCAUCUGAUUCUGUCCAUUUAAAUAAUUUAUCUCCAAAUAGUGUUGGACCAUGCAAACCGUUAUCGUCAGAUGUCCUAAGAAUCGUGUCAACGAAACACAGAGGCAUUUCGCAUAAGUUCUUUAUCAUUUCGUAAAUAGCGCUCGGAGUGUCAUGUUUUUUAAGUUCUGGUACCGAAAACAUGUUAACCGGAUUACGUUCCUCAUUAUCAGCAAGAGUUUUGCAUAAAAAUUCAAUAAGAGCCACUCCAUCCCCUAAAGAAUGAUGUAUUAUAAAUAUGAUUCCAUAUGCGCAUCUGUUCUCACCACGAUUACAAACUCUUUGCUUAGUAACAAAGAUUUUGAAUAGUCCUUCAUCUUCAUAAGGUAAAGAUUGGCACGACACUUCUGACAUUAUAUCUUCCAAAUCUAUUUCAGUAAGUUCAAAUUUAUCUGGAAAAUCUAGCAAUUCCACAUAUUGAUUUACAUCAAUAAUGCUAUAUCUUCUCCAGUAAUAAAAUCCAUAUUCUUCAUUGCGCCUAUAGAAAAUUUUAUCCACUCCAGCUUUCGAUAUAACACUUUCUAACUUGUCCUUGAUAUUAUGAACAAGGAGUUCAGCUGAAUCAGAUUCUAUCACCCCUAGUACGUUAAUAGUAGCAUCAUGUUCUAAGCUCCAGAAAACAUCGAAACUGUCCAAAAGGCCGACGUAGUAUUUGUCUUUUUUCCAAAUCAACAGUGUGCACAACAUUUUAUAACACAAAGCUAAUCCUAGAAUUAACGAUGUAAUUGGCAAAGUUAGUAUUAACAAAAAUAGGGUAACACCUCUUAGUAUUGUUUUUUUGCUGAAUAGUCUUUUAGCAUACGUUGUUAGAGCAAGUCGUUUGCAAAACUGAAACAAAUGGGUAAUAUUUUCAUAAUUUCUAUGAAAAUAAAUAUAAAAACGGCAUUGAUAUUAAAAAUACUUACACUGUAAUGUAACACAGUAUUAAUAAAAAUCGUGACAAGGGCUAUAGUAAAAAUUUCCAACGAUUGAUUAACUUUAGUAGGGGUAUUUGUCUUCAUCACAAAAUGUUCGUCACUCACAUUUUUUAGAAAAAGAGUUCCAGGUACAGAACAAUUGACCACCAAUUCUACAUUACCCAUCAUGAUGAUGUUUUUGUUUGCACACACGCUAUAAGACUGCGAAUGUUUAGUAUAACUAAACAAUUUAUUUUUCACUGCUUACGCAAUAUUUUAUUAUUUUACAGUGAUUCUCAGUAUACCAGCUGGUGUAGACUCUGAUACAAUACUAAAAGAAACCUAUUAUGAAAUGUUCAACUAAGACGUCUGAAACCUUAAAGUCUCAACAAGUCCUAAUCCAAUUAUGAUAAUUAUGCAAUAGUCACAAAUGUUUGCAUGUAGUUAAUCCUAGUACAUUUCUAUUUUAAUUAUGAUGAAGGAUCAAUUGAUUGAAACUGGAUUAUUUAAUUACCGAAUACAUAAGUUUACACAAAUUAUUAAUAUGUGCUUAUAAGAUUUUAGCAGUCUACGUUUUAUACAGGGAUCGAAAUAACAGACCUUAAACAAGAUACAUAUUAAACAAUUUAACAUUUUUAAUAAUCAUUUAGAAACUCUUAACUUGUAAGUAAACAUAUAAACAAGUGAAAAAGAAUACGUAAACUUUACAACGGUAACACUCCCUUAUGAAUCGUCCUCAAUUAUAACUACAUAUUCCAAAUAAAUGCCUAUUAGAACUAAUGAAAUUUUUGAAUAUUAAAAUUAUUUUACAUCUGCAAUAGUAUUUUCAGUUUUCUGUCUCUUGAUGAAACAUAAGACGUUAAUCCAGAUAAAUGAUGCAGAAGCUACAUAGACCACGCGAAGGUGUGAAGGUAUGAAGUAGAAAUUGACGGUCUGUGACGGAAUCCAAAAGGCUUGGUUUGCUGCGAACGUCUUCCAAUACUUUGCUCGGAGCUCCUCAAACACAUCCUCUUUUCGCUCCA